AAUGAUACAUUAAAUAAUAAUAAAUGAAAAACCGCAAAAAUGUAAAUGAGAUGAUGAAACAUUGAGACCAAAUCUAUUUCAGGCCAUUAUGAACUAAUUCCGGAGAUUGCUGUUGAAGCAAAAGCAACAACAUCUUAACCACUACUGUAUGCAAGAUUCGUUAUUCCGUUCGUUAAUUAACCUUCGUUAAUCAUCAUCAAAUCAUCAAUGCAGGACUAUAAAAUAACGCAAGAAAUGAAGAGACAUGCAGUUAUCAUCGCUAUAUGCGCGAAACACACCGAUUUAGAAAUCUCCAAUUUUCUCAAUUGCGCCCGAUCAUUCGUACAUAAGGUUCGUCGUGAAUUGGAAGCAUCAGCUGGCGAUGUAGAAACUGUUGCAAAACGCAAAAAACAUGAGGAACGUUCGGACACUACUAGAAAUACACAAUUCGUCCAACAAGUGCAAGAGAUCGUUGACGAAAGCUCUUCAAAGUCCAUGAGGGCCAUUGCGAGGGACCUGAAUGUCUCUGAGAGCCUAAUCCGUCGAGUUGUCCACGAAGACCUCCGCUAUAGAUCCUAUGUUAUGCGCAGAGGACAGUUUAUGUCGGCACAAACUCGGAAACAGAGACUUAUCCGAGGAAAACGUCUUUUGGACAAGCUUAAGCACCCUGAAGUUCCUAACAUAUUGUGGUUUUUUUCUGACGCAAAAAAUUUCGACCAAGAAAAAAUCAAUCGGAGAAAUGAUAGGAGUUGUAAGCAACGAAGGACAUGUUAUGCCACCCCACUUCUUUCGUCAGGGGCUUCGGGUGAAUGCUGCCGCUUACAUCGAGGUUUUAGAAACAGUUGUGAAACCCUGGAUUGAUAGUAUACGUGGGGACAGACCAUACAUAUUCCAGCAAGACUCUACUCCUUCACACAAA